CACGUUUCUGACUGCUACCAUUAGUAAAUGAGGAAGCGUCAGGAAAACAGUGACACUUCUAGCAGUUCACCUAGCAGCUCCUCUAGCUCCUCUAGUAGCUCGUCUAAUACAUCCUCACCUACGAGCACUUCGUCAAAUUCCUCGUCGAAUACCAGCAGUAGCUCAAGUUCUACUUCCAAUUCAUCCUCUUCUCCAAGCAGCUCAAGUAGUUCAAAUACCCCUAGCGAUUCGAGCACAUCAAGCAGCUCAGAGUCAAGCUCAGCUAGCGACAGACCAACAACUUCUAUCGUUACUGUGACACUCUCAAAUGGUUCAUCAACUACAAGCGCUACAACAAUCCCAGCAAAUGAUGGCAGCUCAGGAGGGGGCAAGAACAUCGGUGCGAUAGUCGGUGGCAGUGUCGGUGGUGGUGUUGGCGCAAUUCUCAUCCUUCUUCUCGCAUUGUUCUUUAUCAGGAGGUCCCUUAAGAAAAAGAAACUAAACAAUAAUUACGACGGAGAUAUAUUUGACCCUCAGAGAUUCAGACCAGAGAAUGGUGAAAAUUUUGAAAUAGAUAACGCACCAACGCCAUACGUUCAGCAUCCCGCGACAAGUAGUAUGGCUGGAUCAUCAGCUGGUGGUAUGGCAGGUGUAGGUGCAGCAGGUGCUAUGGCAUCUAUACCAGCAUCAUCUACCCAACCGCCAUCAGCACAUUCCGGAAGCACAAAUCAGCCUAUAGGAACUGCAAAUGGAGCUAAUAAUGUCAAGCGUCCAUUACAGCCUUCUCAGACAUCUGCUGUCAAUGUUCACGCCGACGCCGGGAGAUACGCUGUCCAGAAUGAGGACCCAGAUAAUUUACGUUCUGACAUACCACCAACUUACGACUCUAUCUCACGUUAGCUUUGGUCACUUAUAGGGUUUUAUUUCACUAAUGUACCUUCUAUUUAUUCGAUUAUUACGUGUUACCUAGAGUUAUUUUUAUGACAUGUUCAGGUACGAUCUAGGUACGACAAAGGCGGCGAAGUAGUACAAUGGUCGAGUACGUAUUGUUCGGGUAGCAUU